GUCCCGGGGCUCUGCCCGCCCGGCGCCGGUAGCGUCUUUGCCGCCCCGGCCGUGCUCGCCGUCCCUGCCCCCGUGCAAGCGCUUGGGGGUGCAGUGAUCGAUCCCGGCAAGAGUUUUGCAAAGCUCUGAAACACCCUGAGCUGCGCGCAGCAACCUGUGUUCUCCGAGGUGCUGGAGAUGAGGAGUUAGUGUUCGCGACCGCCCGGCGAGGGGAGGUGUCUUCCUCAAGGGACCUUUCCUGACCCGUAGAGCCACUGGCUGCCCACGGCGGCGGGAGGACGCAAAUGGGCAGCACGAGACCGGUGCGGCUGCUGGCAAGGAGGCAGCGGUCCCGGGAAAGGGCGGAGCGCCGCGGGGGGGUUCUCCCGGCACUGCACUUGCUACAUUAACUCGGCGCGUCGGAGACGGCGACACAACUUUCCGGGUCUGCCUCGGGCGUCGGCGACAAGAGCCUCCUCGCCGCUCCGCUCGUCGCGCCCCCAGAGCCGGCCGCUGUCCGCGACGGACUCCCGGCGGCAGCGGCGUCGCGGCUGCUCCUGACCUCGUCCCCGGGAGCCGGGCGGGCAUGUCUCCCGCUCCCAGCCCCGCCGAGCGAGGCGGCCGCCGGGUCUGAAGGAGAGCGGGUGAGCCCCGCCGCCUCCCGGCCAUGCGGCCCCUCCGCGCUCCCCUCGCCCUGCUCUGCCAGGUGCUGGGCGCGUGGGCUGCCUGCGCCCUGGCCCCGGACCCCGUCGCAGCCUCUGGGCCCCCGGCGCCCCCGCAGCGUGCCCGCUCGCCACCAGCCCCGCCGCCCCUCGCCCCGGGCCGGCGGGCGGCCGCGGCGCUCCCCGGGCGCGGAGCCCUCCCUCGCGGGGCCGACGCCGCACCCGGCGGAGCGGCGGGGCCGGGCGGCAGCUGCGCGCCCCGCGGGGCGGCGGGGGCCGGGCGGCGGCGAGCGCGGAGCAGCGAGCCCGGAGCCGGCGCGGCGGCGGGGAGGGGCGGGGCGGGCGGCCCCCGCUGGCUGCCCCUGAACGGCUCGGCCGGCGGCGAGGGCAGCGCUGGGGGCCGCGGGAACGCCACGGGGCGCCGCGCCCGGCUCCGCAACCCCUUCUACCCGCUGACCGAGGAGUCGUACGGCGCCUACGCCGUCAUGUGCCUCUCCGUGGUGAUCUUCGGCAUCGGCAUCAUGGGCAACAUGGCAGUGAUGUGCAUCGUCUGCCACAACUACUACAUGCGGAGCAUCUCCAACUCUCUGCUGGCCAACCUGGCCUUCUGGGACUUCCUCAUCGUCUUCUUCUGCCUGCCGCUGGUCAUCUUCCAGGAACUCACCAAGAAGUGGCUUCUAGAAGACUUCUCUUGCAAAAUCGUCCCGUAUAUCGAGGUGGCCUCUCUGGGAGUCACCACAUUCACACUGUGCGCUCUCUGCAUUGACCGGUUUCGUGCGGCCACCAACGUGCAGAUGUAUUACGAGAUGAUCGAGAACUGCACCUCAACGACGGCCAAGCUGGCGGUCAUCUGGGUGGGCGCCCUGCUGCUGGCGCUGCCCGAGGUGGUGCUGCGCCAGCUGGCCAGGGAGGAGCCCGAGUACAGCGGCAGCCCCCCCGGCGAGCGCUGCGUGGUGAAGAUCUCCACGGCACUGCCCGACACCAUCUACGUGCUGGCUCUCACUUACGAUGGGGCACGGCUCUGGUGGUACUUUGGCUGCUAUUUUUGUUUGCCUACCCUGUUCACUAUUACCUGCUCCCUGGUGACAGCGAGGAAAAUCAGGAGGGCAGAAAAAGCCUGCACAAGGGGGAACAAGCGACAAAUUCAGCUAGAAAGUCAGAUGAACUGCACGGUGGUGGCUUUGACCAUUUUAUAUGGAUUUUGCAUCAUUCCUGAAAACAUUUGCAACAUUGUGACUGCCUACAUGUCCACAGGGGUCUCUCGACAGACUAUGGACCUCCUCCAUCUCAUUAGUCAGUUCCUUUUGUUCUUUAAGUCCUGUGUUACCCCAGUUCUCCUGUUCUGUCUCUGUAAACCUUUCAGCCGGGCCUUUAUGGAGUGUUGCUGUUGCUGCUGUGAUGAGUGCAUCCAGAAGUCUUCCACAGUGACGAGUGAUGACAAUGACAAUGAGUACACCACAGAACUGGAGCUCUCCCCAUUCAGUACCAUCCGUCGCGAAAUGUCGACUUUUGCCUCCGUGGGGACUCACUGUUAAUUGACCUUAGGACUUUAUUUCCUGUACCUUUCUCCUUUUUCUUUUUUUUACUUCAUAUUUUUCUUCUUGAAGCAAAAUGCAGGAAAAAAAAAUACUGCUAAAAACUACUUUUGAAACCAAUCUGUAUUAACAGUCAUGCUUUGGAAAAUAAUUUGUUGGGUUACUAAAAAGAGAGAAAGAGAGAGAAGGAGAACCAGCACUCAAUUUUAAAUGAUGAGAUUUUGUAUGGUGCUAGGAUUUCAUUGGUUGGGGAGGAGGAUCCAUAUCAAUCCACUUCUUAAAAUUCUUUAGUAUUUUUUUUGAUAAUCACUGUAAAAUGAUUAUAUAGACAUUGUGGGCUUUGCAAGGUGUUUCAUGUAAAAGAUGUGGUGGAAAGUAUUUGAAAGUAGUUUUAAUCCAAUUACUGUACACUAUUUUGAGAGGACUUGGGCUUCAGAAAAUUUAUAAAGUAGCAUAAAAAUAAAUGAGGUUUUAUUCUUUAACUUGAUUGUCAAUCUGCAUUUAACAAAGACAUCUAUGAGUAGUAUUAAAUUCCUUUAAUAAGUAAAAAAAUCUUUGCAUAUAAUAAUUUAGGUGGCCAUAUUUAAUUAACAUUUGGGUACUUACACUUGAAGGAUAUUAUUACAGUGUUUAAGGAAGAUGGUUAUAAUGGUAUUAGGUUUGUAGGAAUGGGCUUUUUUAAUGUUAUAUUUUGAAGGUUCAACGUGCCUCAUUGAAAAUUUUCUUCUUAACCUGCAGGUAUACAAAAUCUUCUGUUAUUUUAUACUUCUUACAAAGAAACACUCAUUAUCACUGAAUUUUGUCUUGUGUGGUUUCAAAAUCAAGAUUCUUUCCAGAAUUGGUUUUACAUUGAGUUUAUGUUCUCAGUCUCUGUAUAUAUAGCUCCUACUGGCUUCAGUGAGAGUCUUACUGCAGAGAAAGGCAUUUUUUUGCCAGAGGGUUGCUGACAAUAAAUGUGAGGGACUGAAA